GCCCUUUGGAGACAAACCAUUUUACUUGUAGUGUCUGCAUCAAGUCUGGAAGCAAGGACUCAAUUUUAACAGAAUCCACCUUAAAUCUGCCUUAACUUAUGCCCACUUUGCGCCAUACCGAGUGAGACAAUCAGAGGAGGAAAAAAAUCGAAGAAACUGCGAAAUUCAGGUGUUAAUGGGACAAUAUCUGUCCGUUGAGGAGAGAGAGACAACAACACAGCGAGAGAACCCAUUUGGACUUGAGAGAGGGGGUGAGUGCGCUCAAGGCAGAAAAUUUGAUGAUGACCAUGACUACGAUGGCUGACGGUUUGGAGGCUCAGGACUCGUCCAAGUCUGCUUUCAUGGAGUUUGGUCAGCAGUCUCACUCACAGCAGAGCUCUCCGUCGAUGGCCGCCAGCCACUACCCGCUGCACUGUCUCCAUUCCGGGUCGCAACCAGCUCACCAUCAGCACGAUAACUCUUCGUACUCCGGCACCAAUUCCUACAACAGGUCGCUACCGUACUCCUACGUGAGCCACCCCCAUCACAGCCCGUACCUGCCGUCCUACCACAAUAACACAACUGGCGGCCAGACAAGGUUAGACGGCACAGGUAAGACACUUUUCCAUUCAUGAGAAGAAAUAUGCUUUAUAUCGUUUUCAUGAACAGCGAUAAAAAUGCGAAUGAUAUUUAUUUCUUAUCAAAUCGGUCAAGAACGAGAUCAAGCCCAAUAAACGUCCAGCAGAUCAUUGAAUGGCGAAUUAAUUUGAAAUUGUGUCUGAAUUACAUUUUAUCUGUUGCCUCGUUUUUCUCUACAUCGAUGUUUAUUUCAUGGUCUCUUUUUGCUUUAGAACACUCCCCCAGAUCCCAUUCUAUGACCAUGCUUUGCACGGGGUAUAAUGACAAGCGAGGAAUCCUCACGAAUUAUUCUUGGAAUUAGGCGGUCUACUCGCUUUGAAAGUUGUAAUUAGCAUUUAAUUGACAUGUCAUUAUGAGCAAUAUCCUAAACAUGACAGAGGAUUCAAGGAUGAUUACAAUCAGAUUGAGCAAAUGUGACAUGUGAAUAUGUAUCAGUGGUCUGGAUUUAAUAUAACCGAAUGUAUCAUAUUUUCCUUAUUAGAUAGGGCUAUUUAGCCAUUUAAAUGGGCAUUAUAAUCUACGAAAUGAAAAAACAUGAUUUGAGGAAUUCUUAACUAUUUGUUGUGGAAUAUUUUUGGCCUUAUGUAGUGGACUAACAUUGCCCUUUUUUUGUUGCAGAGCAGCAGAAAACAACAGUGAUUGAAAACGGAGAAAUUCGUUUCAACGGGAAAGGCAAGAAGAUUCGCAAGCCUCGGACGAUUUAUUCUAGUUUGCAGCUUCAAGCUUUAAACCACCGUUUCCAGCAAACACAAUACCUCGCCCUGCCAGAACGCGCUGAGCUGGCUGCAUCUCUCGGACUAACACAGACACAGGUAUUUUCAAAACAUGAAUUAUUAUACAGAAGGGUAUACAUUAUUGUAUUAUUAUUAGCCCUUUAUUAUCAUGUAUUACUCGUAUUAUUAUUAGGCAUAUUAUUAGCAUGUAUUAUUAUUAGUAUUACCCUACAAUUGCUCUGGUUGUUGUGUUUUUGUUGUUGACCAAUUUAAUAUUCCUUCGUAAUAUUUUCUUUUUUACGUAGUCCUGCACGAAUGCAUUGUAAUAAUGUAUUGUAGGUUUUCUAAUCAUAUUCAACAUUUCAGUUGGUCUAUAAGCCUAUUUAUUAAAAUGUGAAUGAAUAAAUAUAUUCAUGAUAGUAACAUUAUAUGUUAUCUGGUCUUCCGUUGCCUUCCUGUUAUCUCGUGCAGGUAAAGAUAUGGUUCCAGAAUAAAAGGUCAAAGUUCAAGAAGCUGCUGAAGGCAGGUGGCAACCCGCACGAGAGCGACCCUACUAUGCCUAGUUCCAUCGGCCUGUCUCCCCGCUCUCCAGCAAUUCCUCCUAUAUGGGACGUUUCAGCGUCCAGCAAAGGAGUGAACAUGGCGGCCAACGGCUACAUGCCCGGUUAUUCUCACUGGUACUCCUCCCCACAUCAAGAGACAAUGCAGAGAUAGACCGCGUAAAGGGCGGGAGGCCCGAGGCCUGACAAUUGAUUUCCGUCAGCCUCGAGACAUAAGUGUUGUCGCGUUCGAACAGAGAGUUUCCUUGAAAAAAGGCCCGGCUGCUUGUGAAGGAUACCUGAGGACAAAGUCUCUGUGAUAUGACACACGAUAAAGGAACUAACCGUAUUAACUUACCAAUGACUGUUCAGUGGAUUGCCUUUGUUAUGCUUUCAUUCAUGUCAACAUCUGACUGUCAACAUACCAAAUAUAGGCUAUCGCUGACAUUUAGCCCAGCACUUGGGCACGGAAUGGACUACACUCACGCGUUUUUUUGCGGGUUGAACUUUAUGCGAGGGUAUAUUGUUGAAAUGUAAACUUCACUUUGACUGAGUGUUUUUCUUGAACAUGCAAAACAAAGCAUUCUGUCUGUAUAUAUAUUCUUCAAUUUUAGUUGUACAUACACUUUUUAUGUUUUGUCUUUCAUAAAUGGAGUAAACCAUGACUUAAAACAAA